AUAGCGACGGCGGCCGCGCUGAGGGAAGAUGGCGGCUCCGGCCUGGGCGCCGCGGCCGGCUCCGUGAUCGUCGCGCGCUUCUUCCCUUCCCCGCGGCGAGCAUGUCUGACUCGGAAGAGGAGGAGAGCCCGGACCGCCAGCUCAAGCUCGUGGUGCUGGGGGACGGCACCGCAGGGAAGACAUCCUUAGCCAUGCGUUUUGCCCAAGAAACAUUUGGAAAACAAUACAAACAAACCAUAGGACUGGAUUUCUACUUGAAAAGGAUCAUACUGCCAGGAAAUUUGAAUGUUACUCUUCAAGUGUGGGAUGUAGGGGGACAAACGAUAGGAGGCAAGAUGCUGGAUAAAUAUAUUUAUGGAGCUCAGGGUAUUCUUUUGGUGUAUGAUAUUACCAACUGCCAGAGCUUUGAAAAUUUAGAGGACUGGUAUAAUGUGGUUAAAAAAGUGACUGAAGAAUCAGAAAUGCAGCCACUUGUGGCCUUGGUUGGAAAUAAAAUUGACUUGGAGCAUAUGCGCACAGUGAAAGUUGACAAGCAUCAGCGAUUUUGUCAGGAAAACAAUUUCAGUAGCCAUUUUGUGUCAGCCAAGACAGGAGAUUCUGUCUUCCUGUGUUUUCAGAGAAUUGCUGCUGAAAUCCUUGGCAUCAAAUUAAACAAAGCAGAAAUGGAACAAUCACAGGUCCAGCAGAAGUCUCUCCCUGAUGUGUGUAGCUGAAGAGAGAAACAUUGUGACUUUGCAAGAUUCUUCUAAUGAAGCACAGUUUUAAUUUGCUCCAAAUAAGCAAUAAUACUUUGCUAACAGUGUAAGGUUUGCUCCCUUUGAGAGCGCUAUUUUGAGCGGGCAGUAGGAAUUGUUCAAAAUUAAGUCAGUGAGAAACCAAAGGGAAUUGUAUUUAAGUAUUUGUCUUGUUAGCUGUAGCUUAAGGUUAAUUGUUGUGUUUGGUUCCAAACCUUGGUUAGUUUGUAAGAUUGGAAACAGAAAGUAUGCAUAAAAUUGGAGAAAGAAAAUUUUAACCUUCAUAGCCUCAGAGAGACAAAUGGAAGGACAUUUCUUGAGAGAAAUUCAUUAGUCUGCAGUGGAAAAGCUCUACUGAAGUAACGUGUAGAUGCUGUGGCUCAAAAGCAUGGAGUGGGUCUUUUGGCUGAAUGGAGGUGCUUUUAGAUGAUUCCUGGUUUACUACAAAUAGUUUAUGUGAUAGAUAGAGAUUCCCAUAUGUGUAUAUGGAAGAGUGACGGGAGAUGUUUGUCUUUUAAAUUUCUCUCCAAUCAGUGUUUGAUUUCCUUAAAUUAUAGAAUGGCUAUGUGAACAUGCUCCUUAACGUUUCUAGGUGUUUAAUACUCUACCAACUGGACUAUAAAAGUAGAUAAAUAGGUGCUAAAAAAGAACAAAACAAAAAACAAGAGUAAGUGCAACUUAACUCAGUUAAUUUGCAAGCAUUGUAUUUAAUUUCUUCUUUGAGAGAAGAGUAAAACACAGUUUUACAAAUGUGCAUUGUUUUCUUCCAGGAUCUUGUCUUUGAAUGUUCCGUAUUCUGUGUAAUGUGAGGUUUCUUUGUUUUGAAAAAUGAGAUGGUUUCUACUUGAGUAUAUUCGAGUGUAAUGGCAUGAAGCUGCAUCAAGGGUGGGUCAACUUGGGUGUUAGGAAAAGGUUCUUCACCAGAGGGUGAUGGGCAUGGAACAGGCUCCCCAGGGCAGUAGUCACGUCUCUGAGCUGCCAGAGUUCAAGGAGCACUUGGAUGAUGCUCUCAGACAUAUGGUCUGAUUUUUGGGUGGUUCUUUGUGGAGCCAGGAGAUGGACUGACUCAAUGAUCCUUAUGGUCCCUUCCAGCUCAAGAUACUCUGUGAUGGUGUGUUUGUCAGAGAACAUCAAAUGUCUUUGUUCAGUUUAGGUGGUAACAAAGAAUAACAUGAAAUACUAAAUUUGCAUAAGGCACCAACAGUGAAAUGAUUUAUCAGUUAUGAUUUAUUGUAUAUUUCUUCAUGGUUACUGAUUGUCUAAUGCUGAGAAUACUCUUCAUAAAUUAUUUUUUAGCACUUGUGAUUUUAUGGCUGAAGAUCAUAUUCCUUUUCUUCAAAAAACAAUUCCAAUUGUCACAGUCAUUAGGAGGAUUGUAGAAGUCACUCACCUGUGGUUAGUAAUAAGAAUCCUAAGCACACUACUUCAAGGUGUAUGAAUUUGUGGGGCUUGACUCGUGGCUUCUGUGCUUUGAUGACUGGGAGAACUACAGAAAACCUUGUGAAAUGUAGAUGGGGGUCUUGGUCCCCCUUCAAAUUGACUGCUAAACUGUUAAUUAAGUGCAAGAACAAGCCUCAGAAAUUAAAUUAUUUGCCAUGCAUUGUGUUAGAAAACAGCUGCAGCCGUUUAAGAUGUUAAUGCAACCCGAGAUAUUUGUUACUACCCUUUGGCUGGAAUUUAUUGCUCCCCCAGCACAAUCAGAAAAUGGAAGGUGAUCGUCUGCCUUGGCCACAUCAGGGUGAAGUUCAGCAGCUUAGCUUAAACUGCUGAUGAAAGUUGUUUUUAAGUGAAGUUGCCAGACUUUGUGCUGAAGCGGAUGAGGUGCAAGUACAUGUUACAUUCCACCAGGUCUCCUUUGGCAACAGUGAUCUCCAGCAGAGGAGUAGAACAGGCAUUUGGGGGUG